AUGAAAAAAAUUCUAGCCCUUCGAUCAGAUCCUCCCGAGCCUGGGAAUCUGUCGUCCAAACCUCAAAUCCGCAAGCGGAAGGAAGUCUCUGAUGAAGAUGAUUUCGAAGAUACCUCAGAAUUGUCUUCUGAGCCAGAACGAUCUCGCACUCAAAAGCGCAAGAGAAUAGUUGAAGUGUCUGAAUCUGAUGAAGAAGAGUUACAACUUACAAAGGAGAUUACAAACGAAAACUCAUCCGAUUCAACAGAAGAGUUGAGUCCUUUGAUUUUGCAAGCCUCAGUACAACCAGAUCACCAAAACGAUAAUCACAAACAAGUUGAAUAUGAAGAUGUGGAUCAACUCAAAGCAAGUUCACAUGAUGAAGCCAAAGUUAACAACGAAGUUAAUGAAGACAAUCAGGAUAAUAUUUCCGAUUAUUGGGCAAGAAACUUGCGUUACACAAAUACAAUCUCUGAGGUCCAUGGCGUUCUGGUAGGCCAACUACUCAAAGAUGAAUUGAUGUCUUUAGAAAGUUUUGGCAAUACACAUGAUCUUGGUGGGUCCGCAGGGUGGCUUCUUGCACUCAUCAAUAAGGACCAUGACAUCGUCUUCAAACCGACUACAAUAACUUACCGAGUGGAUCGAGGCGAAUGUAUUGGAUCAGGCCAAAACAUGAACUGCUACGAAGCAGAAUUGCUAAUCGGUGAUCGUGUUCAUCACGUUGUAGCAAAACAGUACCGAAGCCCAGAUUGCCCCUUGUCGUAUUAUCAAGUCCAAGCGCAGUCAUAUAUUCAUACUGAAUCUGUGAUCAAUCGAUUCAAAUCUAAGGUUGUGGGUAGCAAGAACUUUACACGUCUUGACAAGGAUAUUGUUGAAAGUUUGAGGACUGUAAAGUGUUGGGUUGUCCAGGUAGUGUCAAACAAACAACCAACCAAAGAUGAUAGUGCGGGUUUCUGGCUAUUUGAAGAAAAACUUGAGGGUCAGAAUGUCAAGUAUGUCGCAAACAAUGACUUCACUCCUCCAGAGCCAAAGGAUACUACUCCAAUCCAUGAAAUGCUUCAUGCUCUUGUUCAUGAAGACUUUGAGGAAAAUAAAGGCCGUGACUUUAUUUGUGAUUUACAAGGUGUGGGUUGUACACUUACGGACCCAGCAUUCAUUGAUCUUGACAAAUCCUUUGGUAGUGGAAAUUUGAAUUAUGACAGGAGGAAGAUGUAUUUAUCUCAGCACAUAUGCAACAAAUGGUGUGAAAAUUUGGGGCUCAAAUCUGUAGAAAAAUGGCGUGUAAAAUUGGGAUUCACUGCAAGAAAACCGUGGGGGAAUAGAUGA